UCGGCCGCAGGCUGCCCAGCAGUCAACCCGCAGCACUGGAUAGCAACUAAAAAGGACAGAGAGGCCCAGCCUCUGCUACACUAAUGAGCCAAGUGGAAUUUGAAAUGGCUUGUGCCUCCCUCAAGCAGCCGAAGGGUCCAGUGAGUGAUCAAGAGAAACUGCUGGUGUACAGCUUCUACAAACAGGCCACCCAGGGCGACUGCAACAUCCCCAUCCCUCCAGCCACAGACGUGAGAGCAAAGGCCAAGUGGGAGGCCUGGAAUGUGAACAAAGGGAUGUCCAAGUUGGAUGCCAUGAGGAUCUACAUUUCUAAAGUGGAAGAGCUAAAGAAAAACAAAGCUUGCUAA